AUGAUGUUAAAAUAGUUAAGCGGUAGUUUCUUAACUUAUCGAACCACGCCACUAGAUUGACAUGGAUAACAGCAAAGGAAGUUCAGAGGAAGGUGGUGAAUUUUCAGACUCCGGAGAACUUCACGAAUCAAAGUGUGAAAAUCCUAAAUUAAGUGCCUUGCAUGAAUAUCAUCUUUUGCCUGGUCCAAUUAAACGACGGGUUCGGGCUCUUAAAAAGUUGCAAUAUGAGACCCUGAAGAUAGACUCCGAGUUUUACAAAGAGCUUUUUGCACUAGAAGUUAAGUAUGAUGUACAACACCAACAAAUAUUCUCGAAAAGGCGAGAUAUUGUAUUGGGUGGUAUAGAACCCACGGAUGAAGACUGUGAUUGGCCCACCGACGAUGACGACAUAUCUCUAGACAAUUUAUCAGAAAGAUUAAAGAGCACAGCAAAUGUCACUAAAGACACCAGUAAUAAAGACUGUCAAAUUGACGUUAAAGGUGUCCCAGACUUCUGGCUCAAAACUCUAGAGAACAUUUCACUAUUUGAUGAGAUGGUGCAAGAUCAUGAUCGUGAUAUUUUAAAACAUCUAAUAGACAUUAAAUGUGUUCUCAAUACAGGGGAGGAAGCAGGCUUUACACUGGAAUUUUACUUUUCAUCAAAUAAAUACUUCACUAACAGUGUAUUAACUAAAAGGUAUUAUUUCAACUACGACAUACCUAGUGAGGAUCCUUUUGGGUAUGAAGGACCUGAAAUUGUCCGCACCAAAGGUUGUGUUAUCAAUUGGCAUCCGGGUAAAAAUGUUACUGUGAAACUGGUUAAAAAGGUUCAGAAACGAAAAAACGGAGGUGCUAAACGGACUGUGACAAAAAGUGUUCGAGAAGAUUCCUUCUUCAAUUUUUUCGAGCCUCCUGCAGAAACUCUCUCCGAUGAUCUGGAUGAGGAUACUGAAAUGCUUUUGGAGUCUGACUUCAAGCUUGGUCAGUUUUUGAGGGAAAGCGUUAUCCCGAGAGCUGUACUUUACUUCACUGGAGAGGCAGUAGAUUCCGAAUUUGAUGAUGACGAUGACGAUCUAGAUGAUGAAGAUUUAAGUGAAGAUGAUGACGACGAAAAGGAGGAAGAAGUAAGUUCCUUCACUACUUUUUACGAAAUAACAAAACGUCAAUCUCUGUCGGCUUAUUUACUUUUACUGUAAGCGAUUAACACUAUAUAUCGACGUCAGUCAUAAAUUCGUCAAUUGAAGUUACAGUAAGAUAUGAAUCAGUGCAGGCACGGGUGUCAAUUCCUAUAUCUUGUUUCUCUUAUUGUUUUUUAGAAUGAAAAGGAGAAUUCUCACUCAUGUCGUGGACGGCAUCAUCGUGCCCCCAACCGACCAAAACCCAAUCAAAAAACCGGAGAAAAUCAAGAAUGCCCACAACAAUAAAGCUAUUGCCAAGUUUGUCAAUAUAAUCUGAUGUAUCCUUGUUUUAAGAGAUCUAUUGAACGUUCAUGUUCUUCAAUGAACAACCCCUAUUGCAAAAUUACAGAAUAAACUAUGAAAAAGUAAAAGUUGUCAUUG